AUGUCCGUUCAGGUCAUUUAUGAUCCUGACUGUGACCAAAACUUUCCCCGUCUUUAUCAUAACCAGUUCCAACAAUGGAUUAACGCGAAUCACCAAUUCGCGAUUCAUGAUGGAACUGUACUUGGUUUUGACCAGGCUCAUGUUCUUUUAGCAACGGUCUCCAUCCCACUACAAGUACCCAUGACCCCAACCCAGUUCCACAUGUCACUGUUCGCUUGUCGAAUCCGUCUUUACGCAGCCAAAGGACCUGGUACAUCCUUCAUUGGCGGGUUGGUGGUGGCUCAGUCUUCCUUCCGCGACCAGAUAAUGAAGACUCAAACAGGCGAAGGCAGAUGA